AUGUCCAACUCAAGAAGGAUCAGUCACCCUAUGUACUCGAUGGGCCCUUUUGACAUCAUCGAACUGGGGCCGACCACCUUGAAAGACCAUAACAACUUCGGUCAAUUUAAUUAUCGAUCAUCUGUUGUUUUAGAAGAAAAAACUACCGGAAAGCAUUACAACCACGAGAUAUUGCUGUCUGGCUACGGGUCGAGAUCAACUGCCCCAAUCAGGGACAGGGUUUACAUUCUUGGAGGCCGCUUUGUCAAGAACCCCGAGGAACCAAAGAAUGAAGCUGACGACGAAGCCGAGUGUACUGGCUACACUUUUUUCUACGACCAAGCCCUUACCCUGUGUAUUGGUCGGACUGAACAGUAUCGCACCAAAGUUGCUUCCUUGCUGAUGAGUAAGGUCGGUGUAUUCGGGUUUGGCGUGAUAACUAACCGCCAGGAAGUAAAGGUCAACGGUCCAAACAAUUCAGUUCAAAAUGAUCUUCAUGUUUCUGUGAAGCACACUGAUUAUCACACUGCGUCCAAGGAAGUCAUGGAGUUCCAAGCAAACUACAUCGUUCACGGCAAUAGACUCUUGGGUCACACGUUCAACUUAUUUCAAGUUGGACGCAAAGCACUAAUCGUUGGUUACAUCAGUGGCCAUGAUGAUGAUGCUGAGGUGCGGCAAGUCACGGUUUUGUUGGUAUUGAUAUCUGCGGGAGGCCAAACCACCACUGUGAACUUGAUGUCAACUCCUUCGGCCUCUGACUCGGGCCAACAACCUCGACCAAACCUUAAGCGAAUUGGAGCGCUGUGGUAA